AUGAAUUCUCUGUUGAUGAAGCCCCUUUGUCAUUUUAAGGUAAAUGUUACAUUAUCUCUUGUGAACAAACCAGUGGAUGAACAUGGAAAACAAAUACAAGAGCCAGCAUAUGAGCUAAAUAACGAAGGAGAGGAUGAAGUAUUCCUCUUUGACAACGAGGAGCACUGCCAAACCAUUCUCGGAGUGCUAAAAGAUAUAAAACUGUGGGAAGCUUUUGAAGAAGAGAAGCCACAUUUGGUAUCAGAAGCGCAGCGGAAGGCGAAACCACUUACAUGCAACUUUGGCGUACAAGCGAUCUCCACCAUGAAGGACUGUGAAGUGCAAAGCACGAGAGAAAUCGUGGAUGAUGUGAAUACUGUUUCUGCUGAUUGUCAAACUCAAACUAAU